AUGAACUCCAACGUGUCCACAAUUUUGGAUAGAGCGUCUGUGGUGACAUUGAUGCUUCUAAUGAUCUACAUUGUGACCAAUACUGCAGUGGAGUCAGAGAUUUGCUUGCAUCAGUUGACUACAACUAAAAACAAAAGGAUGUCAGGUGAGACUUUCCGAGAGAUCAAAGUGGCCGGCCUACUACAAUGCGGUAGAGCAUGCCUGAAUAGCCAGACAUGCAAAUCCACCAACUUCAACAGAGAAACACUGACAUGUGAAAUGAACAGGAGUAAUGAUUCACUAUUACCUGUAUCAGAACCAACAUGGGAUUACAUAGACAAAUCUCAAUUUUCAAUGGUGCUGCCUAACCCUUGUUCCAACGUUGUGUGCCCACCACUUUCCACUUGUGUGCCAUUGAAGUCAGGACAAACUACAUGUGUCAUCACUGGAUGUGGCGACUUUAAUCUAUCAUCUCCGAACAUGGAAGUUCUUUCGACAUGUAGUCAUGUCGGAUGCCAGACGACUCUGUCCUGUGAACAAGGCUAUGAUUUUGACAAUCAGGCUGUAGACAGGAAUACCACGACAUGUCUCCCCGAUGGUUCCUGGUCUCCCGUCACAUCUACUUGUAUCUUUAAAGCCUGCACAUCAUAUGCUUACACAUAUACCGUAAGAGAGAACUGGAACUUCAACCAUCCGGGUAUGUCUCCCAUUUAUGGUAAAGACAGAGCUUACUGCCAAAAUGCGUGUAACAAUAACCAGCCCUUUGUCUGUGUGGCAUACUAUUUCAAUAAAGUUAGCAAUCGAUGUAACCUACAACAAUAUCGAGUACACGAUAGCCCAGACUACCAACAGUACGAACAGGAAAAUCCAGCAUUUGACGAGUAUAUACGGGAUUGUGCAUGAUGACCAUGGUAAUUGUGGGACAGUUACCUUCACCAACGGCACACUGGACAAGGAGUUCAUACUGAUACUGUAAUAACUAUUACAAAGCAGGAUCGCCAUGGCUCGUAUAGUAGGACUCUCAUGGCCUUAGUCUAAUUGAAACUGUGCUAUCGAUAGUUCAGACUAUGUUGGUUUUCGAAAUCUUACAUAUCCCGUUGAAAACAAAAAAAACAAAAAUACUUGCCAGUCUGUACUUAUCGCAUGCUUACUUUAUUUCAUGCCUGUGAAGCACACUAUAAAACUUAAGGAAAUUACACGACAAAUUGGAUUUGGAAACAAGUCAUGCAAAUGAUAUUAAUCUGUCUCCUGAGAUUUGACUUGAAAGCUAUAAAAUGCAGGAUUCAUUAACAGCAAACCAUGUUCCAAGGGAAGUAACUGUGGCUGUAAUAUAAGGAAUUUACUUACCUUUUCUGUCUUCUAUCGCUAACCCAUUGGACAGCUAGGACCUUCCAGAAUAGGUAAACCUGUUAGUGAGGCCAAAACUUUCCACGUUAUAUGAGUAAACAGAUAAAUUUCUUUCGGUUCUAAUUUUGUUGACAGCUUUCGGUUAGUGACGCAGGGGAUUAUCAAUAUUUUUUAAGUGAAACUCCAUGAAAAUAUAACCUACUAGUACGUCUGGUAUAUACAAAUACAUACCAUUCAUAACUAAAUCAACCAUUCUGAAGCUCAUUCAGUAUCAAAAUAGCUCAAGAUUGUUCACUUCAAAUGGAAAGUCACUGGGUUGGAAAGGCACAUUUUGUUUACCGUUUGUAUUUUAUCUGUUUCAACCAGUCAGAUGGGUCGACUUGUAUAAUCAUAUUUAAUAACCAAUCAGAUGGGUCGACUUGUAUAAUCAUGUUUAAUAACCAAUCAGAUGGGUCGACUUUUAUAAUCAUAUUUAAUAACCAAUGAGAUGGGUCGACUUGUAUAAUCAUAUUUAAUAACCAAUCAGAUGGGUCGACUUGUAUUAUCAUAUUUAAUAACCAAUAAGAUGAGUCAACACUUUCCUUCUUCAGCUAGAGACUAUUAUUACAAUAAAGUUAGGUCUUUUUUGUUAUAGUAAACAUACUUGUAGUUUAGUGUACCAUCUUACGAAACAUAGUAAUGGAAAUACAUGUAAUACUAUAUAUGUGAUCACCUACUUAUAUACUGUCAUUCAAACUUUCCUCAUAAUUAUAUUAACAUAGACUGCUUGUCGUUGUUACACUGUUGUAUUCUUAUUGAAAAGUUCUUACAAUUAUAUAUGAGAGACAGGUUUUAAAAAAAUCUUAUGAGAGCUAUAUAUGUCGCCCCGUCAACAGCUUUGUUAAUUUAAAACGGGAAGUCGAUGGCUACUUCACUGGCAAACCUGCUGAUGACCCGUUCCAUGUGUCCCAGAACAGUUUUGUUCAGGAACACAAAUACCACGCCACAGGAGGAAUGUCCGGCUUUCUGGGAAAACACAGGCCAUCGCUGAUACGGAUCUACCUUACACUAUGGAUUUUUACCCGUAUUAUAACAAUUCUCCACCAAUUGAACUACCGUGGCCCCAAAGCAUUCAUAGAUAAUAUACAAGACCAAAAUGAAUAGGAUUCAUUCUUUGAUGAAUGGGUAUUCAAUUGGAAAGCGAUGAUUUUCAGUAAAAAUAUCUUUACCGCUAAGUUUAUACAAUUUAAUGACGAAGAUGGUACUAUCAGUCAGGGAAAUCUAACAUGAAACGUGACAACAUUUUAUUUGAUAGACGCAUGUUGACUUAAUGAAUAUGAAAUUUAAUAAUAUCACUUUUAGACGAUGAGGUCGAUUUUUCCGUUAUUAUUACUAAGUAGUUUUUAUGCUUCCCGUAACUUAUUAUUUGGUUUGUUGGUAGGAAGUAAAGCUUAACCACAAUUGCUAACGCAAUAAUUGUUUCUACAUGGUAUGAUAUUUGGAAAGCAAGAAAUAAAAUAAGACUUGAAAUCGAUUUUGUAAAAGGUAGAAAUAAUGUAAUAUAAAAAAAAUAAUAUAUAGCUUAAAAAUGAUUAUUUUAAUAUCAAAAUCUUCAAGCCAGUUAUCCUUUUUUAAAAAACAGUUUAACAUUAUUAUUGUAUAAGCUAAAGAAUGUUUACUUAGCAUAGCGUAUACAUGUUUUACUUACUAAAACAUCGUUUUCAAGUUUUAUAUUAUUUGUUGCCUACCAAAAUGUCCUAACCCCGGUGAAAAGUUCCGUUUACUUCGGAACAGAGACAUCGAAUAUUUACUGUAUAUGAGACUAAUGCUUGUUUGAAGUAGAUGUACUAAAAGUGACCAUACUAAACACAUUGUACAUUGUUUAUGUUGUAAAGAAGACAGGUAGUAUGGAUUAGGUUCAUUAUUAGGAUAUUCAAGAUAUCGUAUAAUAGGUAAUGGCGAUUACUGUGCUAAUGAACACACAACGAAUCCAUUAUUACUACGGAAAAUCGAACAAAUUAUCUGUUGUAUGCUUCGAGAAUUCCUCUUUGAUUCUUCACUAUUAAUUCCUAAAGUGUAGAUAUAUCUGUGUAUACUAGAAUUGUUAUACAUAUUUAAGAAAAAUCAUUUUAAAAAUCGGUGACAUUUUUAAGUCUAAUGGUUCCGUUGUCAACACCCUAGAUAUCAAUAUGAGGAUGUGACCAAACUCGGAUUAGGCCUGGUUUUUUGUCGGUUUUCUCUGUUGUUUUACACACGAACCAACCAAUCAUAUUUGCUAUCUUUUGACAUGAACAUAGGUUACACAACGAGUAGUUGUUGUAUAUUGUAUCUCUUUCACUCGAAUUGGUUAUAUUUUGGAAAAAUAACUUACGAUAUUAAAAUAAAUACCAUGUACAGCAACCACAAGUUUUUACCUGUUUCUAACACAAUAGAAAAACUUUUUUGAGGAUGAAUAGACUUAUUUUAUGUCAACGUGUGUUCUUUUUCACAAUAUCCGUUCGGGCUUAAGGAUACGAUUUUUGUAGAGAUGACGCUGACAUGACAAUAAAAUUAAAUCUUGAGAAGAAGCCCAGUUAUUACCAAAAACAUCAAAGUUAAUGUAAAUAAAAUGUGUUUAAUAUUAUACGUACGGCAUCCAUUAGAGAGUAAGAUAAAUAUAUCCUAUCACUAUAUCUAUAUAUUUCACACCUAUCCAGCGUAUCCAUAUCCAUGUUUAUGAUAAGUAAAAUUUGUCGUUUGUCGUCGUAGUUGCCUCCCUGCUAUAAUACCACUACUGAUAUAUCAGAGAAUGUGUUCUAUUAAAGUCUGGGAUCUACGAUAUUCACGUAAAAAAUAUAUAUCCAUUUAAGGGAAACGGCUCUCAAGUUGAAUUAAUGAAUUUAAAAAAUACCUUACAUUAUUUUCGCUGUAAUCGUAAUUAGGAUGAUAUUGGCGGUUGUUUUCCGCCAACUCAUCCAUAUCGUACAAAAAUAAUGACCUAUCGAUUUUCACGUACAAAAAUCGCACCUCUCGCAUAAUAUUUCAGGUAAAAUAAAGCUUCAUACGUUUUUGAUUACACAUUAUAUGGUUCAAUAAAUUAGAAUAGACACAUUCGUAUAAAACGACAAUAUAAAAUUAUAUAGUUAUAUAAAAUAGAAUAGACAAGGUUUUUGUGAGAAACAUCAUGGAUCCUUUGCGUUGAAGUACAACACAUUCGUAUAAAACGGUAAUUGAUCCGACUAGAGUACAUUGUACUACUAAAAACCCAGACUUUUUUUAAAUAUUGUUAUUAAUGAUAUUUUUGCCUUUGUAAAGCUAUAUGAUCUCUAUAAUUAUGCAGACGACAAUACUCUCUCAAAAAAUUGUGAUAAUCUUUAAAAACUUGUUUAGAGGAAGGGAGUAAUAUUUUGAUAAAUUGGUUUAGUUUUAAUGGCAUGAAGGCCAAUCCAGAAAAAUUCCAGGCAAUAAGGAUUGGCAAAAAACAAACAAUAGUAUAAAAUCUGUUUCCAUAGAUAAUUUAGAAACUGAAUGUGCAGAUUGUGUUAAACUUUUAGGUGUAGAUAUUGACUUUUACUCAGAUUUGAUUAACAUAUAUCACGUUUAUGUAGAAAUGCCUCUAAACAACAAUAACCUGACAAAAACAGGAAAACUUACAAUUUUUAAAACUUGUAUCCUGUCAAAUUUUAAUUACUGCCCUUUAGCCUGGCAUUUUUUGUACUUUAUCAAAUAUAAGGGAAAUGGAGAAGGUGCAGGAAAAUGGUUGUUUGUCCCUAGUCCAAGAUAUUUUUAAAAGACAUAAACUUGAUUUUUUUUACAUGUUAAUAGGAUGAAAUGUAUGGCCUCAGAAAUUUUUAAUAUCUGAAAUGAUAUUUCUCCCCCUCUUUUACAGAAUCUUAUCGAGAGAAAAAAACAUUUUUUUGUAACCUGAGGCAUGAAAAUCUGGUCAAGAUUCCAAAGGUGAACACCUCGACAUAUGGUAAAAACUCUUUAAGAUUUGAGGCGUUCCGGGUGUAGAAUUGGCUGCCAAAAUAAUUUCGCAGGCUGAUCCGCUCCUGGGAUGGUCAGAUCUGCUCAUGUACCAUAUAUGCACACACCAGUAAGUGCGAGUUGUUCCGCUUUGAAAUGUCAUCAUUAUAUUGUUUUCAUUAUUAUAAACUUAUAUGUAUGUAUAUUAUAUGCUGUAAGUGUUGAAUAUGUAUGAAACUUUGUGUCAGGGUCGUGGGACGAGAUGUGUGUGCCCUAUAGGAAGGGGAUGCCCAAUCACCUGUGUACAUGUAUCUCGUCCAGCGCCUUUGACACUGUGGUAUGUAUACAUUGGCACGCAUAUAACUGUGAUUCUCUUAUCAACUGCUUGUUUUUUAUUUUAAACUUUUUAUGUUACAUCUCGGGUAUCUAUGUUCUAUAUUUAACUUACACUUCGAUACUCAAUUGGUAUAUGAUCAUGUAUACUAAUAACUCUCAUAAAUUAUUUCUUGUACCUUUGUAUUGCUAUGUAAUGAUAAUUUCUGUGAUAUUUCUUUAUCAUUUCCUGUUUUUAUACUUAUGUUUGUCGCAGGAAUAGCACGACAGUGCUCAUGUUUCUCAUGUAUUUUUUUUCUUUGUAAUAUGCGACGUUGAAUAAAGCUUCUUGAAUCUGGAAUCUGGAAUCUAUUCAAACAAAAAGUACAAAUCGCCCAUUACGUGGGAACAUGAAAGCGACAAAACGUUGAUGUGGUUUUGAAAAGAACUUAGAUACCCACCUUCUGCUUAAUGAUACUACUGAAUCACUUCAACUAGGAUCCCUACUUCAAACAUUUGAUUUUUUUAAUGUUUCGUAAGGCGAAAUCGUUGGAAUCUUAUGAAAUUACUAUGAACAUGUUUCUUCAAAUUCCAAAGAACUAUAAGAUACAGGGGGAAUUUUCUGCUAAAUGCAUUUAUUCCGUUUUUUACGUUUUAGCUGUCCAUAUUCACUGUUAUACCAUGAGACAUUUCAGUUGCUCAUAUUAAUUGAUAACCUCGAGGAAAGGUUCGAACAUUUUUUUAGUAUGAAAAAACGUCCUUCAGAUCAAAACUAUGGUCAAAUAUUGACAGCUGUUUUUCAUUUAUUCUUUUUGAUACAAUGUGCCUUGUAUUUAUAUUGUAUUUUGAAAUUGUAUUUAUUUCUUAUCAAUCUCAAUUCUAUAAUUAAUUUUUCUU